UAUAUCCAAGCCGAGGUAUCAUCACUUAGGGAAAAUUUACGAUGCAAGUGUAGCUAAUACAGCCUAAUAAAACCAGGCAAUAUCAAGUCAAGAAGAAUAAGAAAGAUGAUAUUAUUGUUUAUUCACUUUGUCUGUGCCUUCCUUGGCAGCUGAAUAAAUCUCUGCAGCUUCUCUGUAAAGCAAAGAGAGAGGGCCAUAGAUACACAGCCAGAGAUAGAGAGAGAGAAAAAGAGAUGAAAAGGGAGGCGGGAGAGCACCGCGCUCCUGGUCCGCCCCCAAGUUGCAGCACGAGCCAUUUAGCUGUUCGAGCUGGGCCAGCUGUAGAGCGCGCGGGCGCGUGUACGUGGCCCCCUCACUACUCCUGCCCCCACGCGGAGAAAAUCAUUUUGCAAAUAGAGAGCCCAAGCGCCGCACGCGGAGCGAUGGCUGCAGAAGCAGCAGCUGCCUCGGACCGUGUUUACGACGCAGAGCACGAGAGCGACACAACCGCGGGAGAAACGGACAACGCGCGCACCCGAUUUUUAAAUGCACAAUCACUUAGGCGUAGUAUCUACGAGUGAGCCCGCGAGGCUGUUCGCUACAUCGGUCGGUUUGACGUCUCUCUCUCCUUCAGCAAGGGUCGGCGUUAUCUUCCAUUCGGUUAAUCGUUGCUGUGGAGCGCAGCUCUAAGGGACGGGGAUACAAGACGCUUCCUCUGCACCGUCCAAAUAUCACGCACGCGACGCCAGCGCGCUGUCACUGGAAUCUGGAACGGUCCAGUAGCCCCGAGUCCUGUCCCCAUCCGGUGGCGCUGCACUUAACGGGGGGGAACCCGAGAGCAUCCUUCCAUCCCACCCAGUCUAUCCCUCCCUCUCUCUCUCUCUCUCUCUCUCUCUCCCUCCCUCCCUCCCUCUCUCUUUCUGCCUCUCUCACCCCAUCAUAUGCCAGAGCUCUAGGGUGUCUCAUCUUGUCAGGGACCGGGGGGAGGAGGGAGGCUGUUCGUGGCCGCGGUAGACGCACCCUCCGCGUGGUGAGGCUGGGCUGAAGCGCCGCUGUGUCGGAGGAUGCUGCGGGAGUAGAGCAGCUCAGAGCGGAAGAUGGGGAAGGACCAGGAACUGCUGCAGGCGGUGAAGACCGAGGACCUGCUUACCGUGCAGAAGCUGCUGCAAAGGCCCCGGCCAGGGAAAGCAAAGCUCCUCGGUUCUGCAAAGAAAGUGAAUGUCAACUUCCAGGAUACAGAUGGGUUUUCUCCGCUGCAUCAUGCAGCACUUAAUGGUAACCUGGAGCUUAUCACUCUGCUGCUUGAGUCUCAGGCUGCCGUCGACAUCAGAGACCAGAAAGGUAUGCGGCCGCUGCACUACGCGGCCUGGCAAGGGAAGGCAGAGCCUAUGAAGAUGCUGCUGAAAUCUGGUUCAUCUGUAAAUGGCCAAUCAGAUGAAGGACAGAUUCCUCUCCACCUGGCAGCUCAGCACGGUCACUAUGAUGUGUCAGAGAUGCUGCUGCAGCACCAGUCAAACCCAUGUAUUGUGGAUAAUGCAGGGAAAACCCCUCUGGACCUGGCCUGUGAGUUCGGCAGAGUUGGGGUGGUCCAGUUAUUGUUGUCCAGUAACAUGUGUGCUGCUUUGCUGGAGCCCAAAAAAGGAGACACCACCGACCCCAACGGGACGUCUCCUCUCCAUCUGGCCGCCAAGAACGGACACAUCGACAUCAUCAGACUGUUGAUCCAGGCAGGUAUUGACAUCAACAGACAGACCAAAGCUGGCACUGCCCUGCAUGAAGCUGCCCUGUGUGGAAAGACCGAGGCAGUGAGACUCCUGCUGGACAGUGGUAUCAAUGCCACAGUGAGAAACACCUACAGCCAGACUGCGCUGGACAUCGUCUACCAGUUCACUGCAACACAAGCCAGCCGAGAGAUCAAACAGCUGCUGAGGGAUGCCUCAGCGGCCCUUCAGGUCCGGGCUCUUAAGGAUUACUGCAACAACUACGACCUGACCAGCCUCAACAUCAAGGCGGGGGACGUCAUUACGGUUUUGGAGCAGCAUCCUGACGGUCGCUGGAAAGGCUGUAUCCACGACAACCGAACAGGAAAUGACCGGGUGGGCUACUUCCCUUCCACCAUGGUGGAGGUCAUCAGCAAGCGUACAGGUUUGGCCAGCACAGUCAUUUGCACUCAACAGUUUCAAAAGAUACCGCUGGUUCCUCCGGCAACGGUUGCCCCUGCCAACGCGGUAGUCAACGGCAACGACACCACGUUCCAUCAGAUCCAUAUCCUGCCUCCACCGCCUCCUCCACCACCACAUUCCCAUCAGCCACUGCUUCCACUUUUCACUUCCUUUGGCUAUAACAAGUCGCCCGUGACAACCCCACAGGGAGACACACCCACUGCCCCAGGUUGUCGCGGCACAGAGGCAAGUCCUCACAGCUCUCCCACCACAUCCAGCGGGCCCCAUGGAGGCUCCAACGAAGAGAUCUGGGUACUGCGCAAGCCUGUGGCAGGUGGAGACCGCAGCAGUGUGGGUAGUUCUGGCAGUGUGACCAGUGUGAGGUCUUCAGGCAGCGGUCAGAGUGCUGGCAGUGCAGCACACAUUCUGCAUGCACAGGCUGAGGGUGUAAAGCUUCUAGCCACAGUCUUGUCCCAGUCUGCCAAAGCCAAGGAGCAUCUCCUGGAGCAGUCGAAGUCUGUGGACCAGCCUGCAGGGUCCGCCGGCUCCUCUCGGACAUCAAGCCAAUCGGGCUGUCCACUCCAUGAAGCGCCGCCUUACGAUGCCACGGCAACCAGGAAAGGGGAUGGGCCAGGCGAGGGGAAGAACUCAGAGGCUGUUGUCCAGUGGCUGAGCGACUUUCAGCUGCAGGUCUACGCUCCAAACUUCCUGGGCGCUGGGUAUGACUUGCCCACCAUUAGCCGAAUGACCCCAGAGGAUCUGACAGCUAUUGGAAUAACUAAACCAGGUCACAGAAAGAAGAUGACUUCAGAGAUUAACAAGCUAAGUGUCACCGAGUGGCUGCCUGAGCAGAAACCUGCUAGUCUAGGAGAGUGGCUGUCUGCUAUAGGUCUAAGCCAGUACCACCAGGUUCUAGUGCAGAACGGUUACGAGAAUAUCGAAUUCAUCACCGACAUCACGUGGGAAGACCUGCAGGAAAUAGGCAUCACCAAACUAGGCCACCAAAAGAAGCUGAUGCUAGCAGUGAAGCGACUUGCUGAAAUGCAGCGCAGUUCAGAGGGACGGGGCUCCCUCAGAAAGAAGCCCCCGCCAAUCACACAGCAGCAGGAAGUCAUGUCAAUGGACAGCCCACCUCCAGACGAGGUCAUGUCUCCAAAGAUGAGCACCUUCCAGGACAGCGAGUUGAGUUCUGAGCUGCAGAGUGCCAUGACCCAACCAGGGCAGGAAGUCAACAAAGCUCAGCGAACACGCACCCUCAGCAAAGACCACGAUGAGAUGAUGACAGGAGGAGGAGGAGGAGGAGGAGGAGGAGGUGGUGCUGGCCCACCGAAGAAGGAGGCGCGGACUAUGAGGCAACAGAGCAGCCAAGGAAGCACCUCCUCUCACAGAGGCAGUGUCUCUUCUCAAGGCAAACACCGUCACUCCCACUCCCAUUCUCAGCCUGCACCUCCCUACACACCUCCUCACACUCCCACCAAGACUAGAACCUCAUCUUCCUCCUCCACCUCCUCCGUCCAGAGCACAGCUUCCCCGCAGGCAAAACACAAGCCAUCCCCCCAGUUCAUCCAGGGGGAAAGACCUCAAUCACCGCGCUCCCAGCCCCCUCAGUCCCCAACUCACCGUGGAGCUCCCUGUACCCAGCCUCAACCCCAGCAACAACAGCAGCCUCAAGUCCAGCCGCAGCACCAGGCACACCCUCAGCACCAUCCACAGACACAGGUGAUGGAGGUUAGAGAGAGCCAACAGCCCCAGGUCCCACUCCUCUGCCUCCCUCCAGAGGCUGAGCUAGCUGACGGAGAAGGAGCAGAGCCUUCAGCGCUCCAGAAGAAACGUGCCCACAGCCUCAAUAGAUAUGCUGUCUCAGAUAGUGAGUGUGAUGAGAAGACAGGUGGAGGUGGAGGUGGAGGUGGAGGUGGAGAAGGAGAAGCAGAGGUCGUAGGAGGUCAGGGCUCUGCUGUCAUCAGAGGGGAAGGAGGUAAAUAUGCCACAGUGACCCACCGCGUCAGCCGCAGUCACUCUGUCCGCAACCAGGACAAGACCGUCAACCGCAACCAGACACAGUCCUUUGCUUUGCGUCAGAAGAAAAAAGGUCCACCCCCUCCGCCACCCAAACGCUCCAGCUCUGCCAUCUCCAGCUCCAACUCCAACCUGACAGAUGCUAGUGCACAGCCACAGACACUCACUACCACAGGGGGGAUGCUGGAUGUGCCUUACCAUCAACAACGGCGUGCCAGCGACCUGGGGGUGUCCGUGGAAACAGGUGCUGUUGAGACGAACAGCGUGGGUAGUGUGAGGAGCAUUGCCGCCAUGUUGGAGAUGUCUUCAAUAGGGGGUGGUGUCAAAGGCAUGGCAUUGCAGAAGAAUUUCCUGCAGGUGGGUAAAACACGUGAUGCCAUUGGUCUGGACGGUGAAGUGGUGAACCGACGGCGGACUAUCAGUGGCCCUGUCACUGAGCUGGUAGCGGCUGCCAGACGUGACCAGCCAACUCCCUCUGCCUUCCCUCCCCCCUCCUCUCCCCAACCUGAAAACUCUCCUGUCCCUGUAAAUUCCUCUCCACCCCACCCUCCAUCUUCCCCACACCCCAGCUCAGGAGGCAGUGGCAGUUCAUCAGAGAACCUGCCAUUCGCAGAAGAGGGAAGCCUGACUAUCCGUCGCCAGGGUCGAGGAGAAGGAGAAGGACAGUGUGUAUUUUGUGUAUGCCUGCAGGGUGACGGCGAGGCUCCCCAGGGAGAUGGCAGUUACACACAGGAGGACAUCUGCAGGGUUGAAGCCACAGCGACCUUAAAACGACGUCCCCGCAGCUCCAAGUCCCACCCCAACGGCUCUGACUUCACCCUCCAAGAGUCAUCCACUGUCAAACGAAGGCCCAAAAGCCGUGACAAGGAGCCUGAAGGCUUCACGGACCUGGCUGCAGCUAACGGAGAGCCUGUGGGGACUGGCGAGCCCAACACCAUGCAGCCUGUACCUUACCAGAAUGGCACGUCUACCGUGAAACGCCGCCCAGUGUCUGAUACUGGAGUGACAGAGCAGCCACAACCACAACCUCAACCCCAACCCCAAUAUCAACCACAACCUCAACCACAACCUCAACCACCAGUGACUGCUGCUCCUCGCAGAAACAGUGUUGACCAAGGAGGCCCACUGACCAAUGAAGGAGGCCCUGUGAGAAAACCAAAGCCUCCAGUCUCCCCAAAGCCUGUUGUGGCACAGAUAAAGAGACAGGGAGGCCCACAGACCCCCCCAAACCCUGCUUCCAACAAGAGAGUCCCUCUGCCUGGGCCUGGGACACCAGGAAGCCCAGUGGAAGGAAAGAAGAUCCCUCCACCUGUCUCGCCCAAACCUGCGCCACCGCCCACAGCGCCCAAACCGGCCAAGCUCAUCCAUUCCAUGACCAGCCCACCAUCCCCGACCCCAGCCCCUGCCCCAGUCAAGCAUCAUACUGCAGUGGCCCGACAGACCAGUUCACCCCCCUGCUUCCCUCCUUCCAACAUCCCAAGCCCGCCAAACGCCAAGCCACUGAGCCCAUCUUCUCAGAGCCCCCACACCCCGCAGACUCCCACUACACCACAGACGCCCCAGACUCCCGCCACCCCCAGCCCGACCCCGCCACCCGUCAAGCCCCCUCGCUCCUCCAUCGGGGGUGUGUCGGUGGAUAGCGGGAUGACAGGAGGCGGGGUCACGACGCCGGCCCCCACAACAGUGGACUUCAGUGUGGAUUUACUGGUGCAUCAGAAGCUGGAGGAGACGAGUGCGUCGCUGGCCGCAGCUCUGCAGGCGGUGGAGGAUAAGAUACUGCGGCAGGAAGAUUCUGUGGCUGAGCAGAAGACCACAGUUAGCAUCCUCGACGACAUCGGCAGCAUGUUCGAUGACCUGGCUGACCAGCUGGACGCCAUGUUGGAGUAACCACAGAAACCAGUCAGCAUGUCUCCACAGUAACGCUGCAUCAGGACUGACUCAGAUGGCACAAUGGGCGAUAUGCCUCUCUAUCUCUCUUCUUCUCUUCAUCCUUCUCUCUCUCUGUCGUGCUCAUGCUCUUCUCACUCUUCCUGUCGUCCAUCCAUCGCUGCUCUGGAAAACCUCUUUUCUCCUCCUCCUCCUCUCAUCUCCUGCUGCUGAUGAUGAAAUGAUGAUGGAGCAGCACAACAGGCCUGUGACAGACGUGUGGCAGAGAGAGCACAAGAAGGAAGAAACGUCAAAGAGACAUUAAAAGUGAAAGGGUUAAAAAACAAAAAAAGGACCAAAAACGACUUAUGUAGAGAGGGAAAAAAAACUGAAUGGAGAGAUGAAGAAAAGCAACAAAAUGGAGACAGCAAUCAAAACGUGGGUCUUUUCAGAACUUCACAUGGACUCUUGAAGCUAUCAUGGCAAACAAAUAAACUAAACUAAUACUGAUUGAAAAACCAACUGUGUAAUGAAUCAUAGUAUGGUAUGUGUACAUUCUAAGCAUGGAGAGUUUAUAUCUAAUGAAAAAGUCCUGCAUUAGCACAGUAAUAUAUAAUAUACUGAUAAAUAUGAAUCUCUAGCUCUUUGGUUUGAUGUCUUGGUUCUGUGUGGAAUGGUGACCUCUGGUGUUGUGACGAUGUAAAUGAUUUGGUGGAAAGAUUUGUAUCUGUGACCAAAAUGAGACUAUUUAACUCCUGAGGUGUGUGUGUGUGUGUGUGUGUGUGUGCGUGUGUGUGCGUGUGCAUGUCUGUGUGUGUGUUCAUGUGUUGGAGAGAGAGAGAGAGAAAAGGAUAGUGUGACAGAUGUGUGUAGGUGAGCAUGUCAGAAAUUCAGGAUCAAAUUCAGUUUCCUGCCUUGGCUGCAUCCACACACUCUCCUCCAUCCUCAUAAUCACCCACAAUGCACACACACACACACACACACACACACACACUUAGGAGAAGCACAAGGACCCAUGCAGCCAGGUUGCACACACACAGGAGCCUGCACAAGAUAAAUUCAGAUGAGAGACGGGAAGCCGGGGAGGGAGGAAACUACAGCAAGGCUACAGCAGCUUGUCUGAAAGUCGAUGUCGGGUGUUGGGGAUAAAGUUGUGGAGAAGAAUUUCAGGAUGCUGUCAAAAGGAUGCAAGAUGCAAGGUUUUCGGCAAGGCAACGCAAAGGUGACGGAGUUGGUCAGUUGUUCAGGAUACCUGCCGUUAUUUCAAGAAUUAACAAGGGUGUAGCAACGAACUUCAGGUUUCCCACACUCGCUCAUGAUAAACAUUUCAAAAAAUUUAAUGAAAUUUAAUGAACAUGAAUUCAUAUUCAAAUACUUUUAAGUAUGAGUGCACCAGUGUUCGCACAUUCUUUAUCCAGGAUUGUUAUUCCUACGAUCCCGUCCAGACACGUUUUAGAUAAUCAGAUUUUAAUAGUGGUUUGUGUCUGAUGUGUUUUUUUCUGCAGGUUUAAUUACCUACUUGAGAAAUAUUAAAAUUCUGCCUCUUUUUUCUCCUUCAUUGGCACAUCCCGAAUCUAGUUUAUGUAAGGUAGCGUGAGGCCUUUGAGUGCUGUGACACUAAAACCUCAGCCUGUCAGCAGCCUGCCUUGAGUGAGCGAAUGUAAUCGAUAGUGGAAACACUGCAUUUUAUAAUAACAUAGAUGAAAUUACUUUAUUGUCAUGUGGAUUGGUCACAUCUGGUUGAUACCAGAUCUAGUUUAUAUGGUCAGUACUGGCCCCUGGGUCCCUACUUUUGAGACCCUUUAUUAAUUUAUCUUUUGAACAUCCAUAACUGCCCUGAAUCUGUGCGGGAUCCCUGAAUUUUCUUCACCAGAACAUAAAAAAAGAAAAUAGAUUAGAACUGAAAUGCUUCCUGACACCUCAGUGGACAACUGUCCUCUUCACAUCUCUAUCUCUCUUGUCCCACACUCUCCUAGCCACCCACCCUGUGUUGUCAUGACAAUCUACAUUAUCACCCUCACCAUCUUCACUGGCAUCUCCAUAGUUACUACACAUUGUGUUGCCAUGACAGCGUGUUCAUGGGAUAAACUAAAAAUGUGCUUUGAGCGAGCGGCAGCAGAGAUCUGUGAAGCUGGAUGGUUUGUUGCAGUGCAACAUUUAAAGGGGCACUCCAGUGAUUCAGUAUCUCACUGUAAAGUUAAUGGCCUGGCACUGGAUCCUACACUUCCUACAAUGCAACUCAGUAGUGUCUUUCAUAGGACCAUUUGUGCCUGGUAACCCCCCCAUGUCUUUCUCCAUCUCCGUGACUACAGUUUGAAACAAAGGCUUUCUGCUUUAAAUUCAUACUCUCCAAGCACUUGCUAAAAUAACCCUGGUGACAUCACUUUGGUGGUUCAUGUGUGAAAUUGUUGGAUUGCCCCUUUAAGUUCCUCAAACCAACAAGAAACUGCAUCCGGUGAGGUGGAACACUCUGAUGUUCGAUUUGCACCUCAGUUCCAUUAAGAAAAUCUAAGAUUCACGGUCCCAUAGCGGCCACAUUCCUUAUAUAAAUGGAUAAGAAUACAGAUAAUAGUUGUGGUAUUUAAAUUAUGAUCACAUAGAGAUUAUAUAUAUAUGGAUAUUUGCAAAAAAAAAGAAGUGUAUUUAUGAUUUGUGUGUCAUCCUGAAAAUUAUUUUUCAAAGUAAUCAGAUCUAAUUUGAGUGUUGAAUCAGUUUGCUUCUCCAUGCUUAAGUGGUCGAGCUGAUGAAUCAUUGUAGGAUACCAUGUUGGGAUAUUUCCAGGAAGCAUUUCUGUUUUGUUUUGUUUUGGUUUGUUUUUUUUAAUUUUUUGUUUGUUUGUUUGUUUUUGUGUAUAUGUGUCCAGAUGUGGCGAUGUGUAUAAUACAAGCUAUUCUUGUUGCUCUAUUUUAUUAUUUUUGUAUUAUUUUAAAUGCAAUGUUCAGUUAUUUUCCUUUGAAACAUGUGCCUUGCUUUGUGAUUUUGGUCUGACUACAAUACAGUAGAUGGGUAUGUACAAUAUAUGGGGAUCUCUCUGUUGUUCUCUUUUACUUUAUUGUUUCAUAUGCCAUCAUAAAAAGUAUACCCCCCACCUCCCAACCCCAAUGAGACGUGAUCAUCAAAACAUAAAACCAUCAGACCUAAACAACA